CCACUGACUGACAGAAACAUACACUAGAAACACAGGAGAGAAGAGACGCCUGAAUAACAAGAAGACUCAAGACUAAACAGAAGAAAGAUGCUGUGCUCUCAUGGAUUCCCAUCUGCCCUCAGUCCAUUCAUGGACUUCUCCUGGCCUGUACGCAGUCUGUGGCCAGAGGUCAGACCUCUGUUCUACCAGCAGCAUGUCAUGCAGAGAGACCUACAGGAGCUGCACAGCAGUCUGCAGCUGAUGGACAAACUUCAAUGUCAGAUCCUGGAGGACACAGAGCCUUUCAGCAGCAGUGUGGCUCUGCAGCCAGUCUCCUACCAGCUGGACAAAGAGGGAGAGCACUUUGGCCUGACCCUGGACACUCAGGGCUUUUCUCCAGAAGAUCUGUCAGUCCGGCAGGUGGGCAGGAAACUGAGAGUCAGCGGAAAGACAGAGAGGAAACAAGAGGACGGGAAAGGCUCCUACUCUUACAGCCUGCAGGAGUUCAGACAGGAGUUUGAUCUGCCUGAAGGGGUGAACCAUGAAGACGUCAGCUGCCAUCUUUCUCCAGAUGGAAAGCUCCACAUCCAAUCCGCCAAAGUUCCUUGUAUCGAGGGGACAGAAAGAGAGCUGACUAUCAAGAGGAGCUCAGAGGAGGAACCACAGCAGAGUGUUUGUUCACAGGCAGAAGACAGCAGAGCAGAGGAAGAAAUAUGAUAAUCUCUUUUUGUU